CGCAGGUCGCCUGCCAUGGCGGCCGUCUCAGCCCGGCCGCGAGAGGGUCGGGUGGGACUCCGGGCUGCGGCCCGGGCCCGGAGCGGGUGCUGCUCUUUGACAAUCAGCGUGGAGAACCGACCUUGGUAGCUGGCUCCCACCCCCACCAUGGACGAGGUCACCUUCAAAAGUGACACUGUGCUCUCCGACGUCCACCUCUACACCCCCAACCAGAGACACCUCAUGGUGCGACUGAACAGCAUGGGGCAGCCCGUUUUUCUGUCCCAGUUCAAGCUUUUGUGGAACCAGGACUCUCACACAGACUCGGGGACCAUGGGAGGUGAUCAUAGAGAUGUCCCCAGAGAGGAGACUCCGGCUAGGACAGGCAGCACCGGGUCCCCUCCUGGGCGUGGCCACGGCGGUGCAGGUUCCCCCCUCCAGGCCGGUGUCCACGCCGCUGGACAGGAAGGGAUGGGAGCUCAGCUGGACGAGGAUGGGGAUUUGGACGUUGUGAGAAGACCACGAGCUGCCUCUGACCCCAACCCUGUUUGGCCUCCGAGAGACAAGGUACACCCCAUGAUUCUAGCGCAGGAAGAAGAGGACGUCCUGGGAGACGAAGCACAAGAGAGCAGCACCCACAAUAUCAUCAAAAUAGAACACACCAUGGCCACGCCCCUGGAGGAUGUUGGCAAGCAGGUGUGGCGGGGUGCCCUGUUCCUGGCUGACUAUAUCCUGUUCCAACGGGACCUCUUCCAGGGAUGCACCGUGCUGGAGCUCGGGGCGGGCACGGGGUUCACCAGCAUCAUUGCAGCCACCGCGGCGCAGACCGUGUAUUGUACAGAUGUCGGUGCAGACCUCUUGGCCACGUGCCAGCGAAACAUUGCCCUCAACAGCCACCUGACUGCCCCUGGAGGUGGUGGAGUUAAGGUCAGAGAACUGGACUGGCUGAAAGACGACCUCUGCACUGACCCUGAAGUCCCCUUCAGCUGGUCGGAAGAGGACAUCUCCGACCUGUACGGCCACACCACCAUUCUGCUCGCGGCCGAAGUGUUCUACGACGAUGACCUAACUGAUGCUCUGUUUAAAACACUCUUCCGACUCGCUCACAGAUUGAAAAACGCCUGCACAGCCAUUCUCUCUGUGGAGAAGAGGCUGAACUUCACGCUGAGUCACCUGGACGUCACCUGCGAGGCCUACGACCACUUCCGCGCCUGCCUGCGGCAGCUGGAGCAACUCCAGGACAGCCAGCUGCGCUUCGCGGUGGAGCCGGUGGAAGCCGCCUUCCCGCAGCACCUGGAGUAUGAGCGCAUCCGGCAGCUGGAGCUGUGGAAGAUCUUUGUGGAACCAGGAACGUGACCCGUUGCGUCUGCCAGUACAGUUCCUCCACUGUCCUGAUCGGCUCUAAUAAAGUCAGAGGCUCCCAGAGGGAUGGGCUCGAGAUUCGAGACGGUAGCUUUUUUUUUUUAGAGAGAGAGAGAGAGACACAUCAGUGUGAGAGCAAAACAUCAGUUGGCUGCCUCCUGCACUCCCCUUAUGGGGGAUUGAGCCUGCAGCCUGGGCAUGUGCCCUGGCUAGGAAUCAAACCAGCAAGGUUUCAGUGCACGGGAUGACGCCCAACCAACUGAGCCACACGGCCAGGGUGAGGUGUUAGCGUUUUUAAAACGUGGCCGAUGCACCUCAUAUGAUGCAGGAUAGUUUUCUGGAGUCGGUUGCUCCUCCCAGAGAACGUCACUGCCCCCCUGGAAGUCCAUUCAGCUGUGUGUUCAGGCUGCCCACUUGUAAUGCGAUGCGGGAUGUUUCAAGAGCUGCUCGGUCAAGUUGGGCAAAUGUUCUCAACUUGAUUCCACUCGCACUUUCCUUGGGGGCGGGCACCCAGGGCUGAGCCAGUCGUCGUCUACGCUCCCCUCUGCUGCUUACAAAUGUGUUUAAUAUGUCGCCACAGUUACUGUAAUAACACCACGCAGAGUGAGA